AUGGACGAAUAUCUGGCGAAAAAAUACGGCUCUAAACCAAAGAAAACGAAAAAGCGAAAACUGGUGGAAGGCUUGGAUGUGGAUACCGCGCCAAUUACGCAGCGACAGACACAACAGGCCCCUCCACCUCCGCGUGCCAAGGGCGGAUGGAAGACUCUGUCUGGAAAGGCUAUUGAUCCGGUAGAAGAGACGGUCUAUCGAGAUGCCUCGGGAAACAUCAUUUCUGUGGACGACCAGAUCUCCGUGUUACAGCAACGUCAGCAGGAGAAGGAAGCAGCUGAGCGUCGGAAAAAAGAGAACCUGCUAGGUGCAGUUCAAGUGGAGGAGGCCAGGAAACGACAGGCUAAAGAGGAGGCCAUGAAACACACCAAGGUGACUGUGCAUGCUGAUGACAAGGAAUACAAUGAGGAACGUCAGAACCGGGCUAUUUAUGCUGAUCCGGCAGCCAAGUUUGGAAAGGCCACACCCAAGGCUUCGACUACGAGCUCUGGAGGAGCCUUGCCUUCAUACACUGGUUCGUUCCCCUCGAAUCGGUUCAACAUCAAACCAGGGUGUUUAUGGGAUGGCAAUGAUCGCAGCAAUGGAUUCGAGGCCAAGUGGCUAUCGAGACAAGAGGAGAUGAAACGUCAGGCCGAUGUGGAUUAUCAGAAUGAAAUGGACUUUUGA